AUGGCGGAGGGGACGUUCCUCGAGAAGGUCUCCAUCUGCUUCUGCGUGUGGCUCGUCCCUAUUGCUACCAGCGUCGCGGCGGCUGGGAUCGGCGUCGUGGGGCCCGUCAGCGGGAACUGGUGCUGGAUAACGUGGGACAGACCCGAUCUUCGAUUUGCCCUCACGUACGUUUGGCGUCUGUGGAUCAUGUUCGCCACCGUUUCCAUCUACGCUUACGUCUGGUGGUACCUCGGCCAACGCCUUCGGCCCGCUGCAAUGGCGCCGGCUUCCUUGGGCUGGACCGGAAGCUCGACGAGCACUGCCGCUCCGUUAACAGCACGCGAGACGACGCCGCUGGGAUACGACCUUCCCCCGCUGGGAUACAACCUUCCCCCGCUGGCGACGGACGCCACAGCGUUUCCUGUUACGAGGUGUUUAACAUCAGACAGCAGUAGCAGAAGCAUGCUAUCGCGGUGUAAUCCUCAACCAUGGGGAGAUGAUUACCUGGUGGACUCCCGACCGAGCUCUAGCCGAGACGUCGGCGCGAGUGAUAAAGUAAUGCCGCCGAAUCUCACCGCUGCGGCGGCGGCUCAUCAUUCGAUUGACGAGCAGACCCGGAGAUUGGAGCGGCGCAUCAAGCGCAUGAUGCUUCUCAACUCGUAUCCCAUCUUGUACAUCCUGCUCUGGAUCCCCGCCCUUGUGAACAGAGUGAUGGAAGCGUCUGGGGUCGAAUCGCAUGCAUAG